AUGAAGCAACCACACAUUCAACAAGACGACCUGGUCUUUGUGAACAUAUCGCGACCCGAUGAAAUCAAGGCCGCCUCCACCCAGCGGACCAUCCGACGUACUGUCAUGCGGGACAUCGGGAGAUCGCGUCGGACACAGCGAAAGCCACGAACUUGGGCCUUGUCGGUGAGGCAAACCAUCAAUCCAAGCAGAACGGCCGUCGAUCCUCUCCCAUCAUUGACGAACACGAGCGUUCCGGCUUCUAUCGACCCAUGCAAUACUGCUUACUACCCCGUUCAUCUCGACGACAGAGACCUACAGCUGUUGCACUUCAUGACAAGCGACAAGGACUAUGUUUUUCGACCGUUUCGGUCCGUCUGGUUCUCCAUGGCGUUGACAGAUCCCAGCGCCAUCUUUGUGGCCUUGGCGAACGCGGCCAUGUUCUUUGACCAAAGAGUCCGCGCGCAGGAGUUCAAAUACGAGACAAGCUCCGCGUGCUUAGCGUACUACGGAAGGUGUGUGCAGCAAGUAAGGGCCCGGUUGGGAAGCGUCAAGGAGAGUCUCAGCGAAGGUGUGAUUACCGCUGUUCUGGGAUUGAUCUGUCAUGAUCUUUACGUUGGAAUGGGCGACCGAUGGAAUACUCAAUUCACUGGCCUUGAGCGCAUCAUUCGGUGCAGAGGAGGGUACCAUGGUCUCAGUCCUAAUGUGGCCUUAUUUGCCUUUUGGCUUGAUGUUGUUGGGAGUGUGGCGGAGGAUGCUCGUCCUCGAAUGCCAAAACCAUUAGGGCUUGCAGCAUACUUGGAUGCGGCUCCUCCAGAUGUUAUAGCGCCCUCGGUAAGAGAUCUCCUCGACGAUCUGUCUAUUAGUGACGGGGCCUUCUGUGAUGUGGUGGUCGCCUUCAACUACGUGAUAUCCGUCGCAAUAACCGUUGAUGGAGUACAAUGUGACCCCGAGCCAUCAUGGCAGCGUGAAGACAGUCUUACCAUAAUCAAAUUAUUCGGACCAGCAACACACUUCCUCCUGUCCAUGUCGAGGCCAAUGGAUCUUCAUUCUAGCCCGCAAGAAACCAAAUUUCUUAGAGAAGCCAUACGGUUGGCUCUCCUGUUGCUCCUUGCAGCUUUGAAGAAAGACGUCUUUCGGUUCACUUCAAGCGAAUGGCCACACCUGCAGCGCAAAUUCACAGCUCUUGUUGCCUUCAUACCCCUGACCAAGUAUGAUGCUCUAUGCCUGAAGCUAUACCUGUGGGCGCUGGUGACUGUCUCAUUGGUUACAGACCCGGAACCAAUCGAUUUGUAUACGGUGGGAACCAGGUCCGUGAUCAGUUCUCUAGGCAUCGAUGUCAAUGACGCAUUGAAAUUAGUAAAGAGCAUCCUCUGGGUUGACGCGUUGCACAUUCAGACCGACCAGUUCAUCUCGCAUUUAUCCGAGCUAACGUGUACCUAA